GUGCUCGUUCUUGAGCGCUAUGACGUCUAAUGUCAGCGACAAGCAAUGUGCUUCAUGGAAACGCACGCUGGAGGUGUAGACUGGUGUUGAUGAACUGCUCAGAGUUGAUCUAAGGUUUUCCGUCUGUGUAGGAAUAAAUAAAAUAAACUUUUUCUGAAGAGGGAACACGUGUUGUGUGCAUGACAAUGGCUAGCAACACGCUACAAUUCAAAACCAACUAUGCAGUAUCCAGUAAAAUCGAACCGUUUUACAAGGGAGGAAAAGUACAGAUUAACAAAGACGAGAAAUACAUUUUGUGCACGUGUGGGACACGGGUGAACAUUUUGGAGAUUGCAACGGGUCAGCUCACUCGUAGUAUUGAGCAGGAUGACCAAGAGGACAUCACGUCAUUCGCCCUCAGUCCUGAUGACGAGUUCCUGGUGACAGCCAGCCGUGCACUGGUGCUCAAACAGUGGGACUGGAGGGACGGCAUCUGCACUCGAAGCUGGAGGGCCAUCCACAACACCCCUGUGGCCAGCAUGACCUUUGACCCCAGCUCCACCCUGCUGGCCACAGGAGGGUGUGAUGGUACCAUUAAGCUGUGGGACGUUCUGAAACAGUACUGCACACACAACCUGAAAGGAUCCGCUGGGGUGGUGCACCUGGUGCAGUUCCACCCGGACAGCAGUGUGCUGCAGCUCUUCUCCUCCUCCCUGGACUGCGGGAUCCGCGUGUGGGACCUGCGCUCCAGCCAGUGCGUGUGUGUCCUGGAGAGCCACUACAGCGCCGUCACCUCCCUGGCCUUCACGCCUGACGGGAGCACCAUGGUGAGCUCGGGGCGGGACAAGAUCUGCACAGUGUGGGACCUGAAGAGCCGGGAGGUAGUGAGGACAGUGCCUGUGUAUGAGGCUGUGGAGGCCGUAGUCCUGCUUCCUGAGGAGGGAGAUUUCUCUCAGCUCGGCGUCAGAACCAAAGGACUUCACUUUAUCACUGCUGGGAGCAAGGGUGUGCUGCGGUUGUGGGAGGCCGGCUCCGCCCGCUGCGUUUUCUCGCAGACCCCCCCGGUGAGCACACCGCCCCCUAGUGGCGAGGAGGCCGGUCCUGAGGAGGAGUGGAGCCAGCGCAGCCUGACUUACUGCAUCCACCUGCCCAGCUCCGCCCGCCUGGCCAUCGUCACCGCCGAGCACAACAUCCUGCUGUACCAGCUGCCUGCGCUCGCCCUGCAGCAGCAGUUCGUCGGGUACAACGACGAGGUGCUGGACGUGAAGUUCCUGGGCAAGGGGGACAGCCACAUCGUCGUGGCAACGAACAGCCCCCAGCUGAAGGUGUUUGAACUGGCCUCGCGCAGCUGCCAGAUCCUGUACGGACAUACAGAUACGGUGCUGGCGCUGGACAUCUUCAGGAAAGGGUCGAUGUUUGCCAGCUGUUCCAAGGAUAACACGGUCAGAGUGUGGCGGAUGGACACGCUCAGCGGGGAGGUGCGGUGCGUGGCGCAGGGAUCCGGGCACGCCAACGCAGUGGGGUCCAUCUCCUGCUCCAGGUUGAAGGAGAGUUUCGUGGUGUCCGGCAGCCUGGACUGCACCGUCAAGGUGUGGGACGUCCCAGAGCAGCAGGAGGGGGCGGGAGAAGCAGAAUUACAGACGCUGUCCGUGCGGACCACGGAGAAAGCACACGACAAGGACGUGAACGGCGUGGCGGUGUCCCCGAACGAUAAGCUGCUGGCGUCGGGGUCUCAGGACCGCACGGUCAAGGUGUGGCCGUGCGGACCGGCUGCUGGGUUGCGGGGCCACGCGCGAGCGUUUGGAGGCAUACCCCUGGUCACAAACCAUUCCUGGCCAGCGCCUCGGCAGACCAUGAUGAAGCUUUUGGGUACGCAGAACUUCAGCUGCCUCAAGACGUUUGAAGGACACGACGCGUCUGUGCUCAAAGUCGUCUUUGUGAGCCGCGGGAGUCAGCUGCUGACAAGCGGUUCAGACGGUCUGGUCAAAUUGUGGACCAUAAAGACCAACGAGUGUGUGAAGACUCUGGACGCCCACCAGGACAAGGUGUGGGGCCUGCACGCCAGCCGCAAGGACGACCUGGCAGUGACCGGGUCUGCCGACUCCAGCAUCAUGCUCUGGCAGGACGUCUCUGAGAUUGAGCUAGCAGAAGAGCAGGCCCAACAGGAGGAUCAGAUUCUGAAGCAGCAGGAGCUGUCCAACCUCCUGCAGGAGAAGAAGUUCCUGAAGGCCCUGGGCCUGGCCAUAUCUCUGGACCAGCCGCACACCGCGCUGCGGGUCAUUAAAGAGAUCCGGCGGGGGCGGGACGGCGAGCAGCAGCUGGAGAACACGCUGCUGAGGCUGAGACGCGACCAGAAAGAGUCGGUGCUGCGGUACUGCGCGGUGUGGAACACGAACGCGCGGAGCUGUCUGGACGCGCAGGCGGUGGUGCAGGUGCUGCUGAGGCACCACCCGCCCGAGGAGCUGCUGCAGUACCAGGGGGCCCGGAACAUUCUGGAGGCCCUCGUACCUUACACAGACAGACACAUGCAGAGGAUUGGCCGCUUGCUGCAGGCGUCCAUGUUCCUGGACUACAUGUGGCAGAAGAUGCGAGUGACCGGCCACUCAAGCGUGGAGACUCAGGGCGAAAGCAUGGACACGUCACCUGUCGCCCCGGCCACGCCCCCGCCCCUCUUCAUCAUUGACACUUCGCCCAGCCUGGAGGGGGAGAGAGGUAGGCAGGAGGAUGAGGAAGGUGGGGAGAAAGAGGAGGAGGAAGAGGACGCCGCCGAAGAAAAUCAGGAGGAUGACGCAGAUGUCAGUGUGGCCGGCGGGAAGGCGGGAAAGAACGGAAAAACGGAGCGAGGGAGGGAAGAAACGGAAAUGGCGGAGGAGUCCGCCAGCGGGGAGAGCUCGGGCGAGGAAGACGAGGGCGCUGACGACGGCGCCGGCGAUGGGCGGAAGAGGGAAAAUGGGAUUGGCUGGUCUUCAGAGGCCCUGCCCCUUCAGAUGGAACUGAUCAGGUGAUGCGAAGGGGCGGGGCCAGCGGGAGCAUCCUGCAAGAGAGGCGGGACCUGCGCACGAAGCCGACGCCCACGCCUGGAGCCGACACCCAUGUCCCUGGUUAUCUCAGAGACAGCAGAUUGACAGCCAGAACAAACAAGUAGCUCAAAUCCAGCUGCCACACAGUGCCAUCAAGCAACAAAGAAAAGCAAAACUGGGACAGAACAGUUGUUUUGUAAGACGUCGCCGACCCUGAAACCGUGCUACAGGGAACGCCUCAUGAUUGCAUGCAGUAUGCUUGCAGACUCCGCUUGAAUCACUUAGCACGCACCCGAUCCUGUCUUAGCCUCACUUGACUGCCGUGUACGUGCAAAAUGGCAGGCUAGCGCUGGGUGUGUGUGCGUGUGUGCGUGUGCGUGUGCGUGUGUGUUAGCAUGUGUGCGCUCAUGUAUCCGUCUGCAAAGAUGCAAAGAGCCGGUUGCAUCUUCAGCUGCCUUCCAUUGUCCGAUUUCACAUCUGAUUUGUUUAAUGGCUUAUCUGAUAGGUUUUGCUUGGGCCAGGCAGUUCCUACCCCCACUCCUGGCUGUGUGGUUGUCUUGUCUGGCCUGUAUUUCUGCAUUCUGAGACCAGCUUAGAUUCCUCCUUUCUCUUUAUCUACCUGAUUACUUGGCAAAGAGCCCUGAAGAUGCAGGACUUGGAGGGUUUGAAAGUUUCAUCUGGUGUUGGAAGCCGGACCAAAUGUCUGUUUUAUACAGGAAGUCCACAACAGGACGUCUGGCAAUUAUGUUCAUUUCACCUACUUCUGAAAUUUAGAUUUGCCUCCCAAUAUGAGCAUGAUCCGACUGUAAGUAAUUGUCAGUAAUUAACAAAGACAUGUUGUACUCCGCAAAAGUUCAAAUUAUGGACAAUUCGUUUUUCCCAAGCUCAAAAACAUUUUACUAAAAACAUUUUGUGUAAACAUUUUCUUGUGAAACAAAAUGUGACUUGAAUAAAUGUUCUUCAAAUAAGCAGAA